AGGUGACUAAUAAACAUACCUUUAGAAUAUGGCUGCACAAAUACCAGAAUCUGAUCAGAUAAAACAGUUUAAGGAGUUUCUUGGAACCUACAAUAAACUUACAGAAACCUGCUUUUUGGAUUGCAUUAAAGACUUCACAACUAGAGAAGUGAAACCUGAUGAGACCACCUGUUCAGAACACUGCUUACAGAAAUAUUUUAAAAUGACACAGAGAAUAUCCAUGAGAUUUCAGGAGUAUUAUAUUCAGCAGAAUGAAGCCCUGGCAGCCAAAGCAGGACUUCUUGGCCAACCACGAUAGAGAAGUCCUGAUGGAUGGACUUUUGAUGAAAGACUGGCAGCAGCGGUUGCGAUGGAAGUGAGAAUUCAUCUUGAUAGAAUCCCAGGAAAGCAGCAGCCACCCUAUUAAACCAU